GCUUUGGUGUGCUGUGCUGUGCUGCUUGUCAGUCUAUCUACUCAGUAGACUGAAUAUGAAUAGACGAUGUGCAUAUACAUCAUGUACUUACGCUAGUUAGAGUGCCACACCUAGAUACCUACCUACCCCUACCUACCUACUCAGGCACAGCAGCCUCAAACAGGAGGUCCCCACGAUCUGCACACCCCAUAAAGCACUACCUAACCAAGGCAAGCAGGCGUCCCAAUCCAGCUCCCCAGCUAGCUAACAGCCUAACCCUGCACAAUAGAAGAAGCUUAACUGGACCGCGCGCUCCAGCGCAUGGCCACAGCAAUUGGCAAUAAAAUAAGCCUAUAUUGUUAGCGCCGGGACGUUGCUAGGUAGGCAAUAGCCUGCCUCUCUCCCCGUCCCGUCCUUCUCCGAGAUCAGCACUUCGCGCCCGCACACCCACCCCCAUCUUUCCGGGGGGCGCUAAUUAUGGACGUGGAUGCAGGAGGCCAGGCUCAGGCGGUCCCUGCCUCUAUGCAUGCCUCAGGCGUCCGUUCGUGGCGUCCUCGUUUGGGGAGGCGCGACGGCGGCGGCUGUGCAGGCGUGCGCGCAGGGGCGUGCUUGAUUGCGAUCUGCUGCUGUUGCUGGAGGUGUUGGGUGCAGCGCUGCGAUCGGCAUGGAGUCGGAGGAGCGGCGGUUGGCGGGAAAUCAGAAUCUGGAGCAAGGAGGGUGACAGAGGAGGAUCAGCGAUCGGGGCGAUUAAGAGACGAUCGAACGGCCUGGUGGGUGUGCGAUCGUUGGCGAUUGUCGCGAUUGUCGCGAUUGUCGCAAUUGUCACGGCCCCCCUUGUUUUGGUGUUGGGGGAGGGGGCUGAGCAUGGCUGAGCCACAGCUGCUUGGCCUGAGCCUGGGUCUGGGUGGCGGCUUUGUCGUCGCGAUGCUAUUCGUAGAGCGGCGUGGGAUGUGGGAUGUAGGUGGUGGGUGCGCGGGCAUGUGGGAUGGCUUGGCUUGGCUUGGCUUCCGUGGCUUGGAGUCGCGGCCGUCGUUGGGGCGGCGGGGCGGGCGAGGGGCUUUCCGCGCCGCGGCGGAUGCGGCGGGGGACCUCACCUAAUCCAGCGCGGGAGCGGAGGGCUUGGCGAGGCUGCCGCC